CAUCACGUGAUUGGUCAUGGCGGCCUGAGGCUGUUCAGCCUCCGUUGCUCUUCCGUAAAUUCUCUCGCCUCCGCCUUCUAAAAAAACAAGAGGAAAGCAAAAUUCGCCGACAAUGAUCGCAAGCUCCACGACUUCGAAGUGGACGCUGUCCGCCACAACUCUGAUAUCCGCGCUAGUCAUUUUCUACGCCAUAUACUACAAGAAACAAGCCGACGAUGUUCUACGCCAGCGCUUGGAGCUCAUACUGGACGGACUGCUGAAAGCCGAGAGCCAGGUAUCAGUGGCUCCGAAGACUCGCAUCGCGAUCGGUUUCGGAUCCUGUCAGGACCUGAUCGUCCAGAGUUCUGAACUGUUCGCGCAUAUCCAGCCUCCCGACGAUCCUGAACACAUCGAUGUUAUCGAAAGCGAGAGAGACCUUCAACGCGUCUUCGCCUACUACUUCCGUCAUGGUGCAGCGGCCGAGCGCUUCGUCUCCAACGCGACGCUGUUCGCCGAGCUCGUCAAAGCGGCGAAGAGCGCCGACAGUGCAGAGUUCCACAUCGGAGGCAAUGCGCCGCUGAUGGCGAGGCGCUUCGCCUACGAGGGCUGCGAAGUGCUGCUCGGCGCCCACAUGUCACCCAAGUUGCGCGCCGAGUUGCCCGAGGGCAUCACCGUGGCAGGGCCAGAAGUCACCGACGACGAGGUUCACCUGCUGCUCGAGUAUCCCGCCGGCGAACGCUGGGGUCAUCUACACUCACCACGUGCCAACAGGUUUAUAAUCCACAACGACCACACCAACCCCAAGUUGGCCUCUAUCGAGAGCUUUGUGCCCGAGCUGGAAAAAUUCAAGCCCAAGCUGCUGGUCGUGUCAGCGCUUCAGAUGAUGGACAACUUCCCGUUUGAAAAAGGCCAGAGAGAGAAACACGUCCGUGAGGUGCAAACCCUCAUGAAACGCGCCGACCGGGCGGUGCCACUGCAUUUCGAGAUGGCCUCAUACACGGACACGUCACUGCUGCACGAGCUGGUGGAGCAUGUGCUGCCGUACGCCGAUUCGCUGGGCAUGAACGAGCAGGAGCUGCCCAACCUGCUGAGCAUCCUCAAGUAUGGCAAUGUCUCGUACGUCUCCGACUCGUACCCCAGGGUCGCCACUGUUCUCGACGCCAUGCGUGACGUCUACGAGCUUCUCAAGGCAGAUGCUCCGAAGAAAGGCAGCACCAACCCGGUCGACGAAGGCCGAAGGCCGCUCACCCGCCUGCACAUCCACACGCUCGCCUUCCAGGCCAUCCUCGUCGCCAACGACUCGCCGUGGAAGAAUUCGCUCGCCGCAGCGGCCAAGGCAGCGCUCACCGCCCAUCGCUACACGUGUGGCUCGCACGACAUCGACACAACACAUGCACGUGUCAUCAUGGACGAUUCGUUCACGACGAGCCGUGGCAAUGGCGGCCGCCGCAUACCCUUCAACAACAAGCGACCCGUCGCCUGCUGGCAGGAACGGGACUUCGAGAUCUGUGUAGCACCCGUGCUAGUGUGCACCAAGGUCCUCCACACCGGCGGAGGCGGAGACAAUGUGUCGGCGGCCGGUAUCGUACUUCAAGUCUAGUACGUAUUGGCUCCGAGCCGACUGCAAUUCGACAACUGAGCCAAAUCGCAAGUCGUUUCUUGGGUGGUUGUAAAGCAGCAUUGUAUAUUAGCAAACUUUUUUAAAUGUCACGGGGCGUUUUGGGAGCUUGCCACCUGUGUGAAAUAAUUGGUGUCAGCUUCUUCGAGGUUUGGUUCUUUUUUGAUAUUUGGGGAGUGGAGGGAAGGCUGAAGCUUUGAGAUUACUUCUGACAUGAUGCAUUUCGAUGCUGUCUUAUCUCUAUCAAAAAAAGAAAAAAUAGCUUGUAAACUUUACCACUAUGACAAGGAAGCUUGUUAAGCAUUGUUUUAGUUUAGUUACAUUCAGGGUGCCAGGCACUGGCUGGCACCAUUGUUAAGAACAUCAGGAGUGGUGUAAUAGGAACACUGAUUGCUGCAGUUGUCACUCUAAAGACAGCUAGAGCCUGUCUUAUUUCUUUGUUUUCAAGGUUUUCAAGGACUUUUCGAUCAGCACAAUUCUGAUCUUAUCUGAGAUCGCUGUCUGAUAUCUUCCUCAUUCCUCUAUCAUUCACCGAUUCUUCCUGGUUCUUCAUUGUGGCAAUACAUUCCUCAGUAGUUCACAUUUCUUUAGGCUGACGUUUUUACUUUCUGCUACUGAGAUACAGCGACAUGGAUAUUACAGUGCAUUUGAGGAAUUACUUGAAAGCGUUCGAGGACCAUUUUAAC